AUGGCAUCGCUACUACGGCAACUUGUAGCCGGUCCUCGCGCCAGACAUGCUGAAGCCGGUCUCGAUCUAUGCUAUGUGACAGACAACAUAAUUGCUACAUCAGGCCCCAGCGGCACUUACCCGCAGCGCGCUUACCGCAACCCGCUCGACUCGCUCGUAAAGUUUCUCGACGCUAAACAUGGCGACGACUGGGCCAUAUGGGAGUUUCGCGCAGAAGGGACAGGCUAUCCAGAUUCAGAGGUCUACAAUCGCGUCUAUCACUACCCUUUCCCCGACCAUCACCCGCCGCCUUUCGCCCUUAUACCAAACAUCAUGGCCAGCAUGCGCAACUGGCUACACGAGAAGGAGGGGAGAGUCGUCGUGGUCCACUGUAAAGCCGGAAAGGGGCGAUCAGGAACUGCUAGUUGCAGUUAUCUGAUCAGCGAAGAAGGCUGGCCGGUGCACAAGGCUCUGGACCGCUUCACUGAGCGGCGCAUGCGCCCAAACAUGGGCAAAGGCGUCAGUAUUCCCAGCCAACUGCGUUGGAUAGACUACGUCGAUCGCUGGGCGAAACACGGCAAGAUAUAUGUGGAACGACAGGUCGAAAUUCUUGAAGUGCACUGCUGGGGCCUCAGAGAUGGCGUCAAGAUACAAGUCGAGGGCUUCGUCGAGGACGGCAAGCUUAUUAAGAACUUUCAUACCUUCACACGGGACGAGAGAGAAAUUGUGCGAGGCGAAGUCAAGACUACCGGCAUGGCACAGGCGGUGCAAGAAGUCAUGUACAAGAACGGUUUCGGCCCAUCAAAAACUAGCGAAGGUUCCAAGAACGGUUCCACUUCCUCUCUGGAACAACAGAACAACGUCGAUGGUACCGCUUCCGAGCCGAGAGCAUCGCGCGAGAGCCUACCCAUGGGCACCGGCGAUGUCGUCUUCCGUCCGUCCACGCGUGUGGUCCUUCCUACCAAUGACAUCAACAUCGACGUCGAGCGCCGUAACAAAGCCGCCUUCGAUCUGACCAUGGUCACCGCUGUCGCGCACGUGUGGUUCAACACAUACUUUGAAGGCAACGGUCCUGAGCAAAAUGGCAAUGUUGACCAAUCUGGCAUCUUUGAGAUCGCAUGGGAGGCCAUGGACGGCAUCAAAGGCUCUUCACGUAAAGGUACACAAGCUUUCGAGCGGAUAGCGGUAGUCUGGCGCGCGCUUUCUAGCGACGAAGGUCGGCCUGGCGUUGUCAUCACAGAACCAAAAGAGGGUGAGCCCGUUUCACAAGCGAAACCCGCAGAUUGGAGGGGUACCAAGGGUGUGGAGCCGUCCGAAGACAAAGAUCUAGGUGUUCGUACAGCAAGCCCACCCAAUGCUGAUUCAGAUAUCAGCCGGGCCAAUAGUGUCCGAAGCGAGAACAAGAACAACACCAACAUUGUCAACGCUCCGGGACGAAGGGAUAGUGGCGAGAGCGACACCAAGGAUGUCCGAUCACAUGGCCCGAACGGAGAAGAAGUUGUGACAGAGCCAAAUGGUUCUCGAGCAAGUACAGAGGCUAGUGGGAGCGGACCGGCAGCGCCAGCCUCGCACCCCAAGCUAUCAGAUCGCCUAGAUAACUCUAGUAAUGCUGCUGGUGACUCGCGAUCCAUAGACCACCCUACUGGGUCACACAAGGGCGGGGGCCAUAUUAGUGGAGUUGCCGAGAGCCUAAAGUACCACAUUUCGGGAGCAGCUUCCACCAACGAUCUACCUGAUGGAAAGCCUGAGAGCGAGAUGAAGGAUGCGAAGGAGCAUGGGCUAGGACACAUGACUUUUGGCAAGAAGAAGACAAACGAGGCUGAGCUACGCUUCGCCAUAACAUUGGCUACCUACUCACCGGUCGCAAAAUCGCCAUCUUCUCAGCCGGUCUAUGCAUCGAAGGUCGGUUUCCAGGCAGCAGAUUUAGGCGAACGUGUUCACCAGUCGAAUAUACUCGUUCUCAACAAAUUCAGCCUUUGUUACGAGUCCUUCAAAGUCCUCUCGUCAAGCGACACAUUCAACAGUCGAGCGAUAGUACAGAGACAGUCUCGCAUCUUGGAAAGUCUGGAACCCAUGAACGGACCGGAUACUUCAAAAGCUUCCCACGACAUUCCUCCCUUGCCUGAAAAAGCAAGCAAGAAGCUCUCCGAUACCUCAUUGUCUUCACCAGUCAUUGUAGCGACACCAUCGGUAAACUCCGAGUCGGACGAUCUCUCUCUCCACGAGCGAAGGAUGGAAUCUUCACAGGAAACCAUAGAGACCCAAAUGGUUGACCAAAGCCAGACGACUGAAGAGAAGCAAACUCCUGUUCCUCCACCGGAGACUGAAGUGCCAAAAGUCGAGGUGAUCAUUGCAAAGAAGAAGACCGACAAGCAGGAGAAAAACGCAUCGAAGAAGUCGAGGCGUAAGGCUGAUGAGAGCUCUGCAUCCGACACUAGUGACUCUGAGAGCGACAGCGAGUGGGAUUACGAUGGCGAGAUUGAGAAGGCCAAGCGUAAGAAGAAACGGAAGUUGGCUGCGAAGCGAGCAGCAGAGAAGAAGAAACAGAAAGCAAAGGCGAAGAGCAAGAAGAGUAAGAGCAAGAAGCACAAUCUCGUGAGCGAGGAUGAGACUUCAUCUGAUUCUUCCGACUCAAGCUCCGACUCUGAGUCAGACGAUGACGACAAGACGAGCCGACGCAAAGCUUUACGAGCGAAAGCUAGGAAGAGGAAGAAUAAGAAGCUUGAGAGCUCUAGCGACGACAGCACCUCGGACACUUCAAGCUCCUCUAGCAGUGAUUCGAGUUCGGAAGAUGAGAAGUCGAAACGUGAGCGGGCGAAAGCGAAAGCGAAGGCAAAGCGCAAGGCCAAGAAGUCAAAGAAGGUCGAGAGCUCUGCAUCAUCGUCAGAUUCUUCAAUAUCCGAUGCCGAAACUCCUGUCCCGCCAACUCCGCCACCAGAACCUCCACUCCCGGGAGAUGAUCUAGACACCCAAGUGGUCAAAGUGAGUGGUAUCCUCAGGAGUCUCAAGGCUCAGAAGGCUUCUCUCAACGCUGCCGCUACCGCUGCAGCCGUAUCUACCACGAAGCUCGAGAAGCCCGUUAAGAAGAAUGCAUUUGAAUUCAAGCGCGUUGAUCAAGUCUUCGAUAUGAAGAUCCAUGACUGGAAACUCGUUGAAAGUAAUUCCGACCAAAAGGACGAGUUUGACUGCGUGUUUACGGUGCGCAGGAGACUCAACUGGGAAGGCAAGUAUCAAGAGACUCAACUGGAUAUCAAAUCCAAGCUACUUCGCAACGCACUUCAAGAGGUGUUCAAAGACUGCAAGAGUAUUAGUCUUGUAGAAGACAUACCGCAGAUUGAUCCUCACACGCUUUUCCACUACUACAAUGAGCUAAAGGUCUAUAUCAAGAAGACGCUGAAGCCAAAGCUGAAGAAGGCGAAGAAGUCCAAAGAGCAGAAGCGCCUAAAGCAGCAGAUUGCACAAUGCAAACUUCUCUUGAGCUACAUUGAUGAAGAUUAUACGGCAACACGGAAGGCUCUACGGCCUAUGCUCAAAGCAGGCACAAUCACAUACGAUCUUGUUUGGGCGUUGUUCAAACCGAACACGAUCGCUUUCACGCCCACAUACCAUAACAAGGACGACCCACGCUGCUUCAAGGUAGACACGGCGUACGAGUACGAGAGCUGGAUGACCGGAAUCAAGUCAUGGUACGUAGACGGCAAGUACCUGGAGUACGACGGAAAGUCUUUCGGCCUCGGAGAUCACCAGAUUACGAUACAAGCCUUCAAAGGCCACAAGAAGAUUACCAGCCUCUCGGCGUAUCCGCUAGAGUACCACAAAGAUCCCGAGGGCGUCAAGAACAAACUCAUUGAGCGAGGCAAGAAAUUUGUCGCUCUCCAAGGCAUGAAUUACCGCCUACAGAAGGGCAUCGCGUACAUGAAGCACAAGAAUAACAUUAUCCGCUUCAUCAUCAAUGGCCGCGUCAUGGUGGACCCGGCCAUUUUCCGUCGCAUCAAUCCCAACUAUCCGCUCUCGUACCUCAAGCAGGAUGAGCUAGCACAGAACGAGGAGAAUGAUGAAGACGACGACGAGGAUGAAGAUUGCUGCUGUGGAUCCGAGGAGGAGGGAGAAGAGAAGGAAGAGCAAGACAAAAUGCGCAUCGUCAUGUGGAAAGACAAGAAGGGCAAGAAGCACCCCAUCCGCGUGCCACAGAGUGUGGUUGACAAGGAGAGAGGUGACAGUCCUGAUAAGCAAAUCGAAACCGAUGAAGAUGGCAAUGAAACUAAGCAGCAGGUCUUCACGGAAGAGGAGUUACUUAUUGCGUCUCCAGUCGUGCUUGGUUUCGCCUUCUCGGAGAAACUUUGGCUCGAGUUUUCUCUGUCCGGCAUCGAUGAGAUCAAGUGGAAUGCUGAGGCCUUUGACAAACUUGUCUUACCCAGUCGCAUCAAGCAGAAUCUCAAAGGCCUAGUCUCCUCCCAUUGCUUCAACGCCGCGAAGACGAUCGACGACGUGAUCCAAGGCAAGGGCAAAGGUCUCAACGUCGUCCUCCAUGGACCACCUGGUGUGGGAAAGACCUUGACUGGUGAAUCUAUCGCCGAGUACCUGAAGUGUCCGCUCUAUGCUGUCUCGGCCGGCGAACUAGGCACCAACAGCCGCUCACUCGAAACCGAUCUCAAUCGCAUAAUGGACAUUACGCACUCCUGGGGCGCUAUCCUCCUCCUCGACGAAGCAGAUGUCUUCCUCGAAGCGCGUCAACCCCACGAUAUCCAUCGUAAUAGCCUUGUGUCCGUCUUUUUGCGUUUGACGGAGUACUACCAAGGCAUCCUCUUUUUGACGACGAACCGUGUAGAGACGUUCGAUGAAGCGUUCCAGAGUAGGAUUCACAUGGGUAUCCGGUAUGAGAAUCUGCAAGCCAAGGCGAGGAAGAAGAUCUGGGAACAUCAUAUCGGCAAGGUGGAGCAGAUGGGUCGAGAAGCUGAGACGGAAAAGACGAGGAAGAAGAAGAGCAAGAACAGUAUGAAAGAGGGUGGGGAGGUGAAGGUGAAGGUAGAAAAUAUCGAGGAAGUGAUGAAGCCGUUUACCGAGGCGGACUUUGAUGAGUUGAGCAAGCGAAACAUGAAUGGACGACAGAUCAAGAAUACGGUCAAGACGUCACAGUCUAUCGCUCUCGCCGAGAAGUCGGUCUUCAGCAUGGAGCACAUUAAGCGCGUGCUCGAGGUUGCUGAGGCGUUUGAAGACGACAUGCGCGGGGGUAAAGGCUAUCGCGAUGCCAUGAGGCAGUAUACUUGA